CUCUGCGUGCCGCCCAGCUGUCAGAUGCAGCUGUGCAGCUCUUGGCUACCAGGCCAUUUGUUUCUUCUCGGGAGAGGAGAAAGCAGAUAAAUAGUCUCGUAAAAGCCCUGCUCGCCAGGACCAAAGACUCUCUCAGUUUGUUCGCCACCUCUUGCGCCCUAAUUUUUCUCUUCUCCACUAUACUCUUCCUAUUAAUACUUUGACUUACGUAGUCUAUUGCUGGUGCAUAUAGCAUACAUCCAGUACUUCUUUUCUAUUCCACACUUCCAAACGCCUGUCUCUCAUAUAGGUUCCCUUUUGGAAGUAUCCCCCACUUUUCUCUUAACUGACCUUUAAGACAGAAACCUCAACCAUGGCCGAAGUUCAAGCAACCGGCUGGAGGCAUAUCUGGAACCGCAUGACUGCGCGCAAGCCCAUCGAGCAGAUUCUGCGCGAGGGCCAGCGCACACAGAUGAACCGCACGCUGUCCCGCCUGGAUCUCAUCGCCAUCGGUAUCGGUGCCAUUAUCGGUACUGGUAUUUUCGUGCUGACCGGAAUCGCUGCCGCCGAGGAUGCGGGACCCGCAAUUAUCGUCAGCUUCAUCAUCGCGGGUUUUGCAUCUGGCCUCUCUGCCUUCAGUUACUCGGAGCUGGCCUCGAUGGUGCCCAUUCUCUGGCUCGGCGUACACAUACACUUCCUCGCCUGGAUUGUCGGCUGGGAUCUUAUCCUCGAGUACCUCGUCGGAGCCGCCACUGUCGCCGUCGGGUGGAGCGCGUAUGUGCAGAUGCUGUUCAGAGACGCCUUCGGAGUGACCUCCAAGCCCGCUAUCACCGGCUCGCCCCUGACGUGGGACAACAAGGAGCUCACAUUCAAGGUUGUCGAGGGCAAGUACAUCGAUAUUCCGGCUAUCUGCAUCAUCCUGUUUGUCAGCACCGUCCUUGUCAUCGGUAUCAAGCAGUCGUCGUGGGUCAACAAGCUAUUCAUCUUUGGCGGCAUCAAGUACAUUGACCGCAGCAACUACAAGCCGUUCCUGCCGCCCCGCGAUGGUAACUCAUUCGGUGCCAAGGGUCUGUUCAAGGGCGCGCAGCGUGUCUUCUUCGCCUACAUUGGUUUCGACGCUGUUUCGACUGCUGCCCAGGAGGCCAAGGACCCGCAGAAGGACCUGCCGUGGGGUAUCUGCGCAUCGCUGGCAGUCUGCACGGCCUCUGUACAUCUGGACCUGAAGGGCCAGGCAGCACCCAUCUCGUUUGCCCUGGAGGCCCACCCGAACACCAAGUGGCUCCGUAUCCUCAUCGACAUCGGAGCUGUCGCCGGUCUGACCUCGGUUAUCCUCAUUAUGCUGAUGAGUCAGCCGCGUAUCUUCUUCACCAUGGCGCGCGACGGCCUGUUCCCGCGUAUCUUUGGCCGCCUGCACCCCAAGUUCAAGACUCCCUACGUGCCAACCAUCGGUGUCUGGCAUUACAUGACCUCGGUCGGUACUCUGCUGGCGUUCAUUCUGGUCAACAUCGGUGUCAUUGUCAUGCGCUACACGCACCCGCACAUGGGCCGUGGCUUCAUUGUCCCGUUCGGUCCGUUUGUCAUCCCCAUUCCCGGUGCCGCUAUUGCCCUGGUCCUGCUGGUCCUGUCGGGUGGCCCUACCAUCUACCGUCUGUUCAUCUGGCUGGGCAUCGGCCUCAUCGUCUACAUUGCGUUCGGCUACCGCUGGUCGCGUGUUGGCAACCCCGACAAGUGGUCGCCCGAGGACAUUGCGUACUUUGGCGACGGCACUAUGGCCUUUGACGAGGAGUCGCUGUCUGGACACAACGACAAGGUGUUCGAUGAGCACCACCUCAGCCAGGAGCAGGUCCCUCGCUUCUAA